CCCGUAAAAGAACAAAACUUGCGCGACGCCUCCCCUUACCCCUAAUCCCACUCCACCCAACGAGGAGAUAGCGCAAGAGAGGAGAGGGUUUCUGCGGCGGCGAUGGCGGCGGCGGCGAACCUGGAGGACGUCCCGUCCAUGGAUCUGAUGAACGAGCUGCUACGCCGCAUGAAGUGCAGCUCCAAGCCCGACAAGCGCCUCAUCCUCGUAGGUCCACCUGGCUCUGGAAAGGGAACACAAUCGCCCAUUAUUAAGGAUGAGUACUGCUUAUGCCAUUUAGCUACAGGUGAUAUGUUGAGAGCUGCUGUUGCUGCUAAGACUCCUUUAGGAGUCAAGGCGAAAGAAGCAAUGGACAAGGGAGAGCUUGUUUCUGAUGACUUGGUUGUUGGAAUUAUUGAUGAAGCCAUGAAGAAACCUUCAUGUCAAAAGGGUUUCAUUCUUGAUGGGUUCCCACGGACAGUUGUUCAGGCACAGAAGCUUGAUGAAAUGCUGGAAAAGAAAGGUACAAAGGUCGAUAAGGUUCUUAACUUUGCCAUUGAUGAUUCAAUUUUGGAAGAAAGAAUUACUGGCCGGUGGAUCCAUCCCUCCAGUGGCAGGAGUUAUCACACUAAGUUUGCACCUCCAAAGGUUCCUGGAGUUGAUGAUGUCACUGGAGAACCACUAAUUCAAAGGAAAGACGACACAGCUGAGGUUUUGAAGUCUAGACUUGAAGCCUUCCACAAACAAACUGAACCAGUGAUUGACUACUACUCCAAGAAGGCCUUGGUGGCCAAUCUUCAUGCCGAGAAGCCACCGAAAGAAGUAACUGCUGAAGUCCAGAAAGUUCUUUCGUAAAUGUACCACCAUUUUGAGACGAAAAUUCGACAGAUUACCCAGACACACUGGGUCCGGCUUUUAGAUGUUCAAAUUGACGCUGACAUGCAAGGUGUAGACUGCUCUCUUUUUGUAUUGGGUACUCUUAUCAGAUUUGAUGAGCACAGUGCUUUGCGUUGUUUUAGUUCUAAUAAUCUCUAUGGCAUUGAUGGAAGGAACAUUUUUUUGUACCAAUAUCACAGGGUUCUUUCACCCUUGAGAGUUCCCAAAAAAGCUUUGCUUAUGAUUAUGUGCUGUUAGUGUGUUCCUAUAGUACAACAUUGCGUUACGCUAGAGAAUUUUCCGCUCCCAA